AUGAUCCUUCGAAGCGCGGUCCGACAAUGCCUGGCGGUCGUCUUACUAGUCCAGCUCCUCCUGCUACCCUUUGUGGCGUGUGACGCCGACUUCCUCGAUGUUCGAACGAACCUGGAACGAGACCGGAGCGGGAAAAGAGGUGAUCCAAAGGACAAGUACUUCCACGAGUCGACCUUCCACCCGCACUACGAUGGACGGUUCGCCGCGAAAGAGAUUGGCAAGGAGGAGCGGCUGCCGCACCUGACGGCUCUCAUGCAGACGUUCCUGGCGACCAUGGCCGACAUUGGCGCCGAGACGUGGAUCAUGCAUGGGACGCUGCUGGGCUGGUGGUGGAACCAAAAGAUCCUGCCCUGGGACUCGGACAUCGACGUACAAGUAUCGGAGCACACCAUCGCCUUCCUGGCAAGGUACUACAACAUGACCGAGUACCAUUUCAAGCUGCCUCACGUCGAAAAUGGCCGGACGUAUCUGCUGGAAGUCAAUCCGCAUUUCACCAUUCGCGGGGUCGAGGACAGACUGAACGUUAUAGACGCACGUUGGAUCGACACCGAGACGGGCCUUUUUAUUGACAUUUCGACGGUGCGCGCCAACUACACGGCGAGGGCCGAAGGUAUAGAGGGUGCUUUGAUGUGUAAGGAUAAACAUCAUUAUCUGGAACGAGACAUAUUUCCACUGCGUGACAGUUUCUUCGAGGGCAUUCACGUCAAAAUACCAUUUGAAUAUGCAUAUCUGUUAGAGGAGGAAUAUGGGGCGAAAUCUCUGACGUUGACCGUGUUUGAACAGUAA